CAGCAGCAGGUGCCCUCUCUGUUCAUACUCGAGGUGAAUGCUCCAGAAUAAAGAGGUUUCUCAGGUCUGACUGGUGGAGCAGGUCUCGUCCCACCUGCCUCAAGGAUGACAACAAAAAUCAUCCACUUCAUGGUGAACGGGAGGCUGGAGCAUGCAGAGUUCAGAGCCGACUGCUCUGCUGCAGAUGUCAAAGAUUUGUUCCGGGCCGCAGCGGAGGCGGGGCCUAACCACAUCCUGAAGAUGUACAAUAGGGACGGCAGCGUGGUGAACAUCUCCCCACGACUGAGGUCCAACAGCAAGGAGACGUACUACAGGCUGGAGGUGGUGGCGUCUAACCUACACAGUGUGGCGAUGAAUCCACAGCUGAACAACAUGGAGGAGAGACUCCACCUGCUGGAGAGCAAGGUCAUGGAGGAGGUGGGGAAGACGCCGGACAUCAUGUGUGAGCUGCAGAGCCACAUGGAGUCUUUUAAGAGGAAGCUGGAGAGUGUGGAGCACCUGAGCUGGAUCGGCCUGUUCAAAGACGACGGUGAGCAGCAGCUCUCCAAGUGCUCCCCGAAACCCCAGAAACCUCAGCUGAGUGUGCAGGAGGAACGUCAACAAGUGCGCAGGAAGUUCAUCAACAUGAGCUCCCUGCAGGUGACAGAGGAAGUGAGGGAGCAUCUGAAAACUCCCAUCUUUGACAACUGGCAGUGGGAGGAGGCAGAGAUGCUGGUUCUCCUCCAGGUGAUGUAUGUGGACCUGGACUUCCUGACCGCGUUCCACAUCGAGCUACAGGUUCUGCAGAACUUCCUGUUCGAGGUGUACUGCCACUACAACAACAUCCCCUUCCACAACUUCCAGCACUGCUUCUGCGUCACACAGAUGAUGUACGGUCUGAUCUGGCUCACUGACCUCAGGAGUAAACUAGGACGAAUCGACCUGUUCGUCAUGUUGACGUCGGCUCUGUGUCACGACCUCGACCAUCCCGGCUACAACAACGUCUACCAGAUCAACGCUCAGACUGACUUAGCUCUGCGCUACAACGACAUCUCCCCUCUGGAAAAUCACCACUGUGCUGUAGCCUUUGGAAUUCUGUUCAAGCCGGAGUGUAACAUCCUAAAAAACUUGACGGCCGAUCAGUACAAACACAUCCGAGCAGGGAUGAUCAAAUGUAUUCUGGCCACCGACAUGGCGAGACACAACGAGAUCCUCAACAAGUUCAAAUCCAUACAGUCGGUGUUUGACUUCACCAACAAGGAGCACAAGGAAGUGCUGAUGAAGAUCAUAGUGAAGGUGAGCGACAUCUCUAACGAGGCGAGGCCGAUGGCGGUGGCCGAGCCGUGGCUGGACUGUCUACUGCAGGAAUUCUUCAACCAGAGCGACACAGAGAAACUCAAAGGUCUUCCCGUGACUCCGUUCAUGGACCGAGACAAAGUGUCCAAACCUUCGUCUCAGACCAGUUUCAUCCGCUUCGUUCUGCUGCCGCUGUUCAGUGAACUCACCAGACUGUUUCCCUGUCUGGAGCAACAUCUUGUGGAGCCGGUGCGUCGGGCUCUGGAAUAUUACACAGACUUGGAGAAAGCUGCUAAACCAUGACGAGGUUAUAGGAAGAGGAAGGAAGAGAAAUCAUGCGGUUUUUAAUCACUUUUCACAAAGUUAUUUCACGAAAACAAGUGAUUUUAAGUAGAUCUGAGGAAAACGUUAUCACUACUGUUUUUAUUUUAUGUGCAUCUGUAGCUGUUUGUUUCUAUAAAUAAAGUUUAGGAUUCUUAUCUGAGUUUUGCUUCUGUUGAGUGUUUGCAGUUGAUAUUUAGUCGUUUAUCUGAUGUUCAGUGAAGUUGAUGAAUAAAGAUUUGUGACGUCAUUCAAUAAUAAAAAGAAGUGAAGUGA